GUCUCGGAGGCUUUAGCUCCCUCGCCGCAGGAGUUUCCAGCGGCUCCAGUCGCCGCAGAGAAGCUCUCGGCAGCGGGUGUCUGCCGGACAGGCUGCGAUUCCUGGGCUGCCCGGGGCUGAUGGCAGCCCGCCGCGCCCUGUAGCGCCGGCCAGCAUGGGGAACCAGCUGGCGGAGAUCGCGGCCGCGCCGCCCUUCCUGCCGCCCUUCCAGGCGCUGCACGUGGUGGUGAUCGGGCUGGACGCGGCCGGCAAGACCUCGCUGCUCUACCGGCUCAAGUUCCAGGAGUUCCUGCAGAGCGCGCCCACCAAGGGCUUCAACAUGGAGCGGAUCCGGGUGCCGCUGGGGGGCUCCCGCGCCAUCGCCUUCCAGGUGUGGGACGUGGGCGGGCAGGAGAAGCUGCGCCCGCUCUGGAAGUCCUACACCCGCCGCACGGACGGGCUGGUCUUCGUGGUGGACGCGGCGGAGGGCGAGCGCAUGGAGGAGGCGCGGGUGGAGCUGCACCGCAUCAGCCGGACUUCGGAGAACCAGGGCGUGCCCGUGCUUGUCCUGGCCAACAAGCAGGACCUGCCGGGGGCGCUGUCGGCCCCCGAGGUGGAGAAGCUGCUGGCCCUGCAGGAGCUGAGCGCCUCCACCCUCAGCUACACCCAGGCCUGCAGCGCGGUGGACGGGCUGGGCCUGCAGCAGGGGCUGGAGAAACUCUACGAAAUGAUCCUCAAGAGGAAGAAGAUGCUGCGGCACAGCAAGAAGAAGCGAUGAGCAGCCCCGGGGAGGCCGACCGGCCAGCCCCCUGGGCCUGCCCCAGCCCCUCCGGGCUGCCAGCGCAUUGCUUGUUGGGUGUGGGGUGAGCAGCUCCAGUGCCAAGCCUGGCUGGCCCCAAACCUCCCAUAUGGACCAGGGCUUUGUUACGGGACAGCGCCCUCUGGGGGAUCCCUCUGCCUGCCCGGGGACCUCUGACUCCGGGACUUGGCCUGGCUCCAAUAGGAGUGCGCUGGAGGCACUGAUGUGGACCUGUGCCCGCGGGCUGGCAGGGCACAAGGCUGACCCCAGCCAGACCGAGAGCCAUGGCCCAUAGUGAGCCAAAAGCGAACUGAAAAGAGCAGUCGGGUAGGAUCAGGAGACUGUAACCUGGUGGCAACGUGCAUUAGGUCCAACACUGCAAGUAGUUUUGUUUUUUUUUCUAGGUGCAUGGGUGCUAAUUUCCACCAGUACUAAAAGGAAGGGUGGGGGAGGGGAGUAUUUGUAUUAUUGGGAUUUUUAUAUAAACCAUGUGAAUUUUUUUUUUUUUUUGGUAGGAAUGAAACCUCUAAGUUAUUAAACAGACACAUUGGUUA